ACUAACAAGUUCGGCUCAUCCUCGCAAGCGCCUGACGAAUGGUGACUGCAAUGCACAUCAAUUUAUUUUAGACGACAGGUUUUUAUGAAUUUUCCACUUACGCUGUCGACGAGAUUCGUUUUCUCCAGUUGCUUUUUCUUUCUUGCAAUUUCGGCUUUCAAAAAAUCCAUGAUUUUAUCCCAUAAGUUGGCAGAAGAAAGUGCAGUGGUGGCGUGCUGGUUUCACAAUUGAACUUUAAGCGUCAGUCCCAUAUAUAGAGAUCUAUGUAAGCUAAGCAAGUUGCGUUAUAGUAUCUGAGCUGAGCUGAGCUAACUGACGGCGGUACGCCAGGCCAUGGAAGAGGGGACGAUACCCGUUUUCACACGGCCACUUGAGCUCUUCCACUCCAAGGAACCAGUGAAGAUAUGUGCUCCAAUGGUUAGAUAUUCAAAGCUGGCAUUCAGGACUCUCGUUCGAAGUUAUGAUUGUGAUUUGGUGUUCACACCAAUGAUUGUAUCUGACUCCUUUGUCAAAUCUGCUAAAGCAAGAGACAGUGAAUUUACAACAAAUAAAGGAGACAGACCUUUGAUCGUUCAGUUUGCUGCUAGUAAUGCCAAGGACCUUGCUGAUGCUGCUCAAUUAGUUGCCCCAUACUCAGAUGGUGUGGAUCUGAACUGUGGGUGCCCUCAACGAUGGGCAAUGGCUGAAGGGUAUGGUGCUUGUCUCAUUAAGCAUCCAGAACUGAUCCAAGACAUGGUGAGACAAACUAGAAACAGGGUGGACCGUUCAGACUUCACAACAUCCAUCAAGAUAAGGCUUCAUGAAGACAUCAAGGAGACUGUAGAACUAUGCAGAAGAGCUGAGCAUGCAGGCGUGUCGUGGAUAACAGUCCAUGGUCGCACCAAAGACCAGCGUGGUGAACCGGCCAAUCACGAAGCCAUCCGCAUCAUCAAAGAGGGUGUUAGGGUACCGGUGGUUGCUAAUGGAGACAUCAAGUCCAUGGAGGAUGUGAGGAGGGUGUCGGAGCAAACCGGUGUACACGGUGUUAUGGCAGCAAGAGGUAUAUUGCGUAACCCAGCUAUGUAUGCAGGGUAUGAUGACACACCAUAUCAGUGUAUUCAAGACUGGGUGGACAUUGGUCUUAGUCUAGGGACCAACCUGACUUACUUUCACCAUCAUCUCAUGCAAAUGUUAGAUCAGUACCUGCCUGGGGCGGAGAAGGUGAAUUUCAACUCUCUAACCAGCACGACGGCCAUUCUAGAUUACCUGGAAACUAACUUUGGCAUUGCUUGGAAUCCAAACACAAACUUUUACACCAGGAAUAAAGGGAAUCUAGGUUAUCAUGCUCUUAACGGAAUAUCAAGGACAGCAGACUUUGAAAAGUUAACUGAUGGGUGUACAGAGGGAAGGUGACCCAUUGGGUAAUGAAAGUUGCUAUUGGUGGACAAGUUCUUUGGUAGCUUUCUGUGGCUUAGUGAAUCAGGGUGAAGAGUAAAGAAUGGUGUGACUGAUCAAUCUGCUGUACUAUGCUAUUUAUGUCACUCAAUAAAAGUAUAUUUCAUAUAUCAAUGUGUA